CGCUCCCGGCCAUGGGCGCCCAUCCGAACCGGGCCGGGCCCGUGGAGCGGCUGCCGGAUGCCCCCGUACCCGUGGUGCAACGGGUGCUCCUGCAGCCUGGGGUUGAUUUACACCCCUAAACCCUGCACGAUGCCCCCCAUCACCUUCCAGGAUCUGCCCCUCAACCUCUACAUGGUCAUUUUUGGCACUGGCAUCUUCGUCUUCGUGCUCAGCCUCAUCUUCUGCUGCUACUUCAUCAGCAAGCUGCGGCACCAAGCUCAGAGCGAGCGGUUUGGGUACAAAGAGGUGGUUCUGAAAGGUGAUGCCCGGAGGCUGAACGUGCACGGGCAAACCUGUGCUGUCUGCCUGGAGGAUUUUAAGGUGAAGGAGGAGCUGGGGGUGCUCCCGUGCCAGCACGGCUUCCACCGAAAGUGCCUCCUGAAGUGGUUGGAAAUUCGCUGCGUCUGCCCCAUGUGUAACAAACCCAUGGCGGGCCCGGCCCAGCCCCGCCCCGGGAUCGGAACCAUCCUGGAUGAGUUGGUGUGAGCAGCCAGAGCCUGCCGGGAUCCUGCCGGGACCGAGAGCCGGAUCUCGCCGGUACCGAGAGCUGGAUCCUGCCGGGACCGAGAGCUGGAUCCUGCCGGGACCGGGAGCCGGAGCCUGCCGGGACCGGGAGCCGGAGCCGCCGGGGACCG